AUGAUGUCUCAAUACAAUAGUAAACUAAGAACUGAGAUGUUGCACAAUGCAGAUGGGAGUCACUCUUACUUGUUCCAUCAGCAGGAAAAGCAUAUCGACUGGAUGCGAAUCGGUGCUUUUACUCUUGACUCUCCAAUGUCACUCCUGACUGAGAAUUUGAGCGGUCAACUGAAAGUUCCAAGGGAAGGAACCAUAGAACGAAUGUUGCAAACCACUGGUUCAUGUAUUAUUAAAAACAUCAAAAGCGGUAUUUGGAUAGCAGAUUUACAGCUUGUUCGUUGCCCUGUAUGUGACCUCAGUACCUGUGAUGGAACAAUGCAAACACUGGAUGCUAGGCACUUUGAGCUGUUUCUGAAUGAAGAAUACAAAAAUGGAAGCUGGGAAUACAAUCUCAUCGGAUCUCAUAAGCUACAGAAAGACGCAAUUGCAGCUUGUGGAGCCAUAUUCGAUCUGAAGCACCUUAAAGCAUCUUCAUCCUCGGGGAUUCUCCAACUCAAGUCGUGGACCGGAGAGCCAGAUGAUUCCCAACCCAAAGCAGUAAUCGCAACCCACGCAGUCGCUGUUCACACAAGACUACAAGAAAACGAAGGAAUCCUUGUGAAAUAUCACACGAUGAAGGCAGGAACUGAUGGUGACAUUGUUUCCAUCAGAAUCUCCCAGCAGCUACUCUGA